CAAGGUAAACAGUACCUAAACAAUGUCUUAAAUCCGAAAUAUCCAUUGAAAAACCACAAAAUUAUCAUGUCUUUUGGGGAGCUGAAAUGUGUAGGAAUAAUUGAAAAAGACACCAACAAUGAUGUCAUGUGGACGUGGUCAUUUCCUAUGAUUGACCCGUCACUACAGACAUUGAUAUCAAAGAAAUGUUGUUUAAAAUCAGGAGAAAAUGAAUCAAUUAUCCCAUUUUUCUAUGGUCAAUACAACAGGACAUGGUACUACUUGCUCACAAGAAAUGUGGAAAGUGUGCCAUCUUUACGUGAGGUCACUCAUUACACAGUUGUGAUUCUCACGAAGGAUUUCAAUCCAGAGAGGUAUGGAAGUCUAUGUAAACUGUUUCAACAAAAUUAUAUGGACAAUGGAGACCCAUCAUGUAUUCUUCAACAAUACCUGAAUGUGGCCACUAAAGGCUCGUGUCAAUCAAACAAGGAAAUUUAUGACUUGAAUGAAUUCCCUUUAAAAAGUGCUUUUCUAUCUGCAUCCAUUAAAGAUGUGAUUAACACGUUUGGCAUCGAAUCAAUCCUCUUUUACACAGCUCUUCUUUUGAAAAAGAGAAUUGCUUUUUACAGUCCUCAAGCUGAGACAUUAUUGAAAAUAACAAGGGUAAUACCUCAACUGGUUUGGCAUCGACAAAACUGGGAUAUUCUCCACCCUGUUGUUGAUUUAAACGAUGAAGCGGAGAUUGAAAACCUAGUGUCAGCCGGUCAUUAUGUUGCUGGAUUUACCGACGCUUCCAUCGAAAAUCGUAACGAUCUUUAUGAUAUAUUUGCCAAUAUAUCUGACGUUGAAGUAUCAAUCGCUCCCCACGCUAAAGAAACAUUUCAAAUGGGUAAAGUACACAAAGAUAUUGCGGUCUUGACAAAUAAUUCGAAAGAUGAAGACAAAAGCGAUGAAGAUCUGGUGACGGAGCUGUCGGAAAAAACGAAGAGUCUGAUAAACAAUUUGAAAGGUCUGGCUGUCGAAAACGAUGACAAAUCGCGAAAAAUUAUCAAGUUGGAAAAAUUGAAAGAAAAGAAAUUAAAUUUUGCGAUGGAGAACUUUUUGUACAACUUGGCCGCGGCGGAGGAAUGGUUUAGUUAGUAGCGCAAAAUCACCAAAAUGGAAAAUUUUAGAAACUUUUAAUUCAUUGAUUACGUGCCUGUGAUGAUUUGAAGGAAAAUACAGUAAAUGGCAGUUAUGUAUUGUAAUCAUACGUUGAGUCGAUCGUUAUGAUGUAAAAAACACCAAACAACAUGAUACAAAUACCUAAA